AAAUAUUACGUAUAAACUUUUCAUAGGUUGAAUCAAUCAGAUGAUUAGAUUGGACCAAUGAAAGAACGUUUUUAUAAGAAAUGCAAUUACUGAAUGGCGCGACAAUUCGUCGGAAAAAAUAGAAUAAACACGUCGUCACCACGUUUUAUAGGUGUUUCACGUCGAUAUUUUUAUAAAUAAUAAAAAUAGACAAAGAUUUCAUUCCUUCGAAAUUAAUAAAUUUUUUUUUGAUAAAACUAAUAAGAAAAGCGGUCAAGUUCAUUAUAACGCAGAGGAUAUUUAAUGUUACUUUGAAACAGAAAAAAUUAAUUGAAAAUUUCGUGGAAUCGAGUUGAUCUAUCCGGGUUUGGAAUUUUCAGCAAACAUAUUGUCGAUAUAUUAAUAAUACAAUAUUUUGCAAAAUUUAAUUUACAACGAAUUCUUAAAGAAAAAUUAGUUUUACCGAUCGACAAUAGGUUAUAAAUUUCGAUUUGUGAUAGAGAUUUCAACGAGGGAUAGAAAGAAUAAGAAAAGGGUGCGUAGAAAGUGAGAUAAAGAAAGUCAAUGAGAAUCGCAGAGAGAGCAAGAGAGAAAAAAAUAUCGAGAAUACCGCUAGAGUGUAGAAAAUAGUGGGAGGGAGAAAGAGAGAAAGAGAAAAAGGAGAUAGAGAAGAAUGAACUGCGCGCGCAGAUGGCGCGAUGUUGAUGCGUCAGAAUCGGUGCUCUUGCCGUCAUCGUCAUCAUUUGCCGGGCUAUGCCAAGGAUGAAAAGAGAAGGAAUUUUAGCUCGUUCAUAAGAGAGAGAAAUAAAGAUAGAACUGAAGGGAGAGAAAGAUAGUGUAUGCACACUACUAUGCGCAUGAAUUGUUGAGGACUAGAAAGAGAAGGUAAUAGUAAGCACGAGAGAAAAAGGGAUAGAAGGAUGGAGUGGGAGAGAGAGGGACAGAGGGAGUUAGACAGAAAGGAGAGGAAGUAAAGCAGCAAACAGACAAGACGCGCCUUCGUGAAGAGAGGCACGGAAGCAGGAGCUUGUACUUACGGGGCGGGCCACUAUUAGAGCCAGUCUUACGACCACCUCAGAUUGUUGCUACUGCUACUGCUACUGCUACUGGUACUGCUACUACUGCUGCUGCUACUGCUGCUGCUCUUUCUCUUGAUCGAUUCCCCGGCGAGGUUGCCGGGUGGGAAAAGUAAGCGUGCGUGCCGCAGACGACGUCUCGCGAAGAGAAACGAAGAAGUAAGAGGAGAAGAAGAAAGAGAGAAAGAGAGAAAGAAAGAAAGAAAGAAAGAGAGGAAGAAAGAGAAACGGCCGGAACGCGACCGCUUGCUUGCUGACUUUUCUUCGCGCCGUCUAUAUAGUAGUGGUGGUGGUGGUAGUGGUGGUGGUGGUGGUGCUCUGGUGGUGAUCUGGUGUUCUAGUGGUGGUGACUUUGCCGAAGGUGUAUUGGCUGAGAGAGAGAGCCGACGACAGGACACGAGUAAGCCGCCGACAAAAGAGGGCUGUUAUGGAGCGAGGUUGUCGUCUGCUUUUCCUGUUCCCGCCGCUACACCUGCUUACGAUAUUCAUUGCUCUCACUUUGACAGAUGCUUUUUCUACGGACAGUAAACCGGCUUGUCCAUUAAUACAAUUUCGCUGUGCGAACGGCAGAUGUAUACCUCCGACUUGGGUUUGCGACAAAGCUGACGACUGUACGGAUAAUUCUGAUGAGGAUCCUGAAAAAUGCAAAAGUACACAAAAAUGCAGAGAAAGCGACUUCAAAUGUACCAGUGGCAGAUGUAUACCUGGGAUAUGGCAUUGCGACGGGGAAAAUGAUUGUGAUGAUGAGUCCGAUGAAGAUCCUAAUGUUUGCAGAUUGAAGAAUUGCACCGCGGAACAAUUUACUUGUCGUUCGGGAAAUGGCGAGUGCGUGGCAUUAACAUGGAUGUGUGACGACAAUCCGGACUGUUCGGAUGGUUCAGACGAAGCUGAAUGCAAUGAUACUUGUCGAUCGGAUGAAUUUACCUGUGCAAAUAAACAUUGCAUCCAACUUCAUUGGGUCUGUGAUCAUGAUGAUGAUUGCGGAGAUGGCAGUGAUGAAAAAGACUGUAGUCCAACUACCUGCAAUCCUGAAACAGAUUUUGCUUGUUCAGAUAACUACUGUAUUACAGCAAAGUGGAGAUGUGAUGGUGAUUAUGAUUGUCCUAAUCAUUCUGAUGAGCUCGAUUGCAAGGGAAAAAAUCAGGGACAAGGAAUCACAAGCCAUUGUGAUAGGAAAGAAUUUGAUUGCGAUGAUGGUGUUACUUGCAUACAUCACACAUGGGUAUGUGAUGGGGAUAAAGACUGUUCAAACGGUGCAGACGAAUCACCAAAAAGAUGUCAUAACAUCACUUGUAGAAGUGAUCAAUUCCAAUGCGAAGAUCGACGUACCUGUAUACCAGGUCACUUGUACUGCAAUGGCAAAGCUGAAUGUUUAGAUGGAAGUGAUGAAAAGAAUUGUUUAGUAAAAGCUGCUGAAUGCGAUCCAAAAACACAAUUUCAAUGCAGUGAAGCUUCGUGUAUUCCUCUUAAAAAUGUAUGCGAUAAGAAAAUGGAUUGUAUUAACUGGGAAGAUGAAAGUACCGAACAUUGCGGUGUAGAUGAAUGUGCCAAAGAUAAUGGUGGAUGUUCACAAAUAUGUAUUGAUCUUCCCAUUGGCUAUCGUUGCGAUUGUAAACCAGGAUACAAAUUGAUCGACAAUCGAACCUGCGAUGAUAUCGAUGAAUGCUUAGAGCCAGGAAGUUGUUCACAAUUUUGUCAAAAUGAAAAAGGAACAUUUAAAUGUAAUUGUGCUCCUGGUUAUUUGAAAGAUCCUAAAAAUUUAACUCGUUGUAAGGCAGCAGAAGGACAUGCGAGUCUUCUUUUUACUAGAAGACAUGAUAUUAGAAAAGUAGCUUUGGAUCGUCAAGAAAUGACGGCGAUUGUCAAUAAUACAAAAAUGGCAACAGCUUUGGACUUUGUUUUUCGAACGGGAAUGAUAUUCUGGAGCGAUAUUACAGAAAAAAAAAUUUAUAAAGCACCGAUAGAUGAAGGAAAUGACCGUACAAUUGUAAUAGAAGAUGAUUUAACCACGUCAGAUGGAUUAGCAGUAGAUUGGAUAUAUAGUCAUAUAUAUUGGACUGAUUCUGGAAAAGAUACUAUAGAAUUGGCUAAUUUCGAAGGAAACAUGAGAAAAACUCUCAUCAAAGAUCAUAUACAAGAACCGCGGGCUAUUGCCUUAAAUCCCUUAGACGGUUGGAUGUUUUGGACUGAUUGGAGUGACGAAGCUCGUAUAGAAAGAGCUGGUAUGGAUGGUUCUCACCGUUCAGUUAUUGUUGGACAUGAUAUAAAAUGGCCAAAUGGAUUGACUUUGGAUCUAAUUGGUAAAAGAAUAUAUUGGGUAGAUGCUAAACUUAACUUUAUAGCAUCUUGUAAUUAUGACGGUUCAGGAAGAAGAACAGUUUUAUUUGCCCCUGAGAUAUUAAGACAUCCGUUCAGUAUUACAACUUUUGAAGAUUAUGUUUAUUGGACAGAUUGGGAUAAAGAAACAAUAUUUAAAGUUAACAAAUUUACUGGUAAAGAUGUAGAGGCUGUUACGUCAGUAAGAUCGCCUCAGCAACCAAUGGUGGUACAUGUGUAUCAUCCAUAUAGACAACCUGAUGGAAUGAAUCAGUGUCAGUCUGUCAAUGGUCAUUGCAGUCAUUUGUGUUUGCCUGCGCCUAAAAUUAAUUCUAGAUCACCUCUUCUAAGUUGUGCAUGUCCGGAUGGACUGAGGCUAUUACCUGAUGGAUUAAUGUGUGUAGAAAAUGUAACUACUACUGUAGCACCAACAACACAAGAAAAUGCUAAACUAUUUAAAAGGCUUGAACCGCUGAACAUUUCAACGACUGUUCAUUCAAUAACCUCGAUGGAUAGUGGAAAAAAUAAUUCUACAAAUGAAUCAACAGACCCUGGUCUAGUUGCUGGUGUUGUCAUAGGCGUGGUAUCAUUAGGCCUAUUACUACUUGCAUUAGUGGCAGUAUUGUGCUAUAGGCAUUAUCUUCAUCGUAAUGUUACAAGUAUGAACUUCGACAACCCUGUAUAUAGAAAAACUACCGAAGAUCAGUUUAGUCUUGAAAAGAACAGAUUUCCCCUUCCCGCUGCUACAGUUGGUGAGGAGGCUCAGGAACCAUUAACGAGUCCUGGAACUAAUGACUACGUUUAAGGCUUAAUUUGUCAAUGAAAUGAGAUUAGCAGACUUGGAAAAGUGGUGAUCAUGUAAGAAAAUCAUGUAAAAACAGAUGUAAUGUCAUUUACAUCUAAUGAGCCUGUUCAAAUGUAUGCCUGUGUCUGCCCACCUGCCUGCCAACUCAGCUGUGAUUAUGUUUAUUUUUUUGUACUGUUUAUUUGUUAACAAAUUUUUGUGCAUUAUCAUUCGAAUAUAUUAGACAUACAUGAAACGUUUAGAUUUGCUCUAAGACAUAAAGGGAGAAAUGUCUAGGGACAUACAUAAACACACACAUGAUAAUUGCUAUAAAGUAAGUAUAACAAGGAUAAAAUUUUAAAUACACUUCAUCCCUGUACUUCUACAUUUUAUAAAAGCUAAGUAAAAAAAAAAAAAA